AUUUAUUCUGGUUCGGGAGAGGUGUGUUGAGUGUUGUAGCUACAGAUAAGGUGGCAGCAUUUCAAUUUACAUUCGUCUUGCAAAAUGCACACCUCUCCACAAGUUUUUCGAAUUUAUUUAGAUUUUAUAACUCACAGUGGACCGUGAAAAUUUGGGAAAGCAAAUGAUAACGGACGCAGAGCUCUUAUAGCUAGCCAUCUUCUGAAGAUUAGCAGGGGCUUGUUCUCUCCUGUAAAUUCUUUCCUCUCGGAAUGUUCUCCAAAAAGCCCCAUGGGGAUGUCAAAAAAUCAACACAGAAAGUCUUGGAUCCAAAAAAGGAUGUCCUGACACGUCUGAAACACCUGCGAAUCGUAAUAGAGAACGCAGAGUCUGUUGACCUGAAGCACUUCUUUGACCAGAACUACUCCCACAUCUACUAUGUCUUUUUUGAGAACUUUGUCACCAUCGAGGUCAACCUGAAACAGAAAGGUCACAAAUCGCAAAGGGAAGAGCUGGACUCCAUUCUUUUCAUAUUUGAGAAAAUCCUACAACUUCUACCAGAGCGUAUCCACCAACGAUGGCAGUUUCACAGCAUCGGUCUUAUCCUCAAGAAGCUGUUACACACAGGAAAUUCCUUAAAGAUCCGUCGGGAGGGCGUGCGUCUCUUCCUGCUGUGGAUGCAGGCGCUGCAGACCAACGCCCUGCCGGAGCAGCUGUGGAUCUUUGCCUGUCUCAUCCCCGGCUUCCCCUCACCCAUGUCGGAACACGGGCCCCGCACACUCGACAACCUCAUCAGCCCGCCGCUCUGCCUGCUGGAGACUCAAGUGGGUCCCGAGGAGAUCACCCCGCUGGUCCCCCCGCAGUCGGGCGAUAAGGCCCAGGAUGACCUGACGGGCUACUUCCUGGAGGCUCUGCUGAAAUACAUGGUAAACCAGGCUAAGAGCCUGGAGUGGCGCUACAAGGAGAACCAUGAGAAGGGCUUCGCGUUCCUCUUCGCCAACUUCAAGAAGUACUACCUGCCCCACAUCUUCCCCAACUUCUCCAAGGAGACCAGCCUGUACAACCCCAUCCUGGAGGUCCCCUCCCUGAGACCAAAGCCUUACUACACGGUGCUGAAGCGGGACCCGGACACCAACGAGGCGCUGUACUGCACCAAGGAGAGCUUCCUGAACGCCCGCGUCAUCUUCAUCCGCUGGCUGGUGUCCUUCUGGCUGGAGCCGCGCGCCAACGCUGCCACCCUCAUCCCCGGCGUGGAGGGCGAGAACGUGCCAAAGAACAUCCAGAGAGCAGCAGCGGGUCUGGCUGCACGGAGCGAAGACAGUGGAGGCCCCCGGGGGCCCGACUCGCUGGACGGCGGUAUGGGCGUCGGAGGGCUGGGCGGCGGAGCGGAACCCGAGCAGUCGCACUCCAACACGAGCACGCUGACCGAGCGCGAGCCCAGCUCGUCCAGCCUGUGCAGCGUGGACGAGGAGCACCUGACCGACAUCGAGGUGGUGCGCCGCGUCCUCUGCUCCUCGCGCACCAACGUCAACUUCAUCACCGAGAUCUUCCGACAGGCGUUCCUGCUGCCCAUGUGCGAGGCGGCGGCCAUGCGCAAGGUGGUGCGCGUCUACCAGGAGUGGAUCUCGCUGGAGGACAAGCCCGUGUUCAUGAGGGAGCCCGAGGAGGACCACCGGGCACACGCCGACUCGGCCAGCGACGCCACAGACAAGGACGAGGAGGAGAGGUCAAUGAAGGUGUCCAGUCACAGCAGGACCUCAAGCUGGUGCAGGAGUUCUCAGAGCAAUAUGCUGGAGUACAGCGUCCAUGCUGGUGUGCAGUCUACACUGCAGGUCUUCAUCACUAACUCGUCGAACGUGUUCCUGCUGGAGCCGGCUAACGAGCUGAAGGCGUUGCUGGAGGAGCACGUGGACAUGUGCAAGCGCGUGCUCAACAUCUACCGCAGCCUCGUCAUGCACGAGACCAUGGACCAGAAGACCUGGGAGCAGGUCUUAUUGGUGUUGCUACGGGUAACAGAGAGUGUGAUGAAGAGAGCCCCCUCUGUCACGCCGUCCGGCAAGAAGAACCCCACCCUCUCUGGCCGGCUAGCAGGGGCCAUCUUCCAGACUCUGAUUGUGGCGUGGAUCAAAGGGAACCUGAACGUGUACAUCUCGCGCGAGCUGUGGGAUGACCUGCUGGCCGUCCUCUCCUCGCUCACCUGCUGGGAGGAGCUGGUCACCGAGUGGUCACUCACCAUGGAGACCCUCACCAAGGUGCUGGCACGCCACCUCUACAGCCUGGACCUCAACGAGUUGCCCCUGGACAAGCUCAGCGAGCAGAAGCAGAAGAAGCACAAGGGCAAAGGUGGCGCUAACGAGGGCCACAAGAUGGCGGUGGACCGCUCCUUCUCUAAGGGCUGGAGUCGCGACCCGCCGGGUCAGGCCGCCAUGCGCCAGCGCAGCGCCACCACAGCCGGGUCGCCUGGCAUCGAGAAGGCCCGCAGCAUCGUGCGGCAGAAGACCGUGGCCCUGCGGAGCUGCUCCACGGGUGACAGCUUGUCGUUUAUCCGCAGCGCUAAAAGUGCUCCCGUCCUGAUCCAUCCUGUCCACCCUCUCCUGCCUGACUCUGUCCUCACCCCCCUAGCAGAUGAGCUGUCAGAUAUGGAGGACCCCCCGUUGGCCCCGCGAGGGCCCCGCCUGCGGCACAGCUCCCAGAGCGAGGACGCGGCGCCGGUGUCCAUCUGCUCCGAGGUGUUCGGCGCGUCGGUGGAGGCCGACCUGACCCCUCCGGGCGGCGGCGGCGGCGGUGUCGGUAGCGGCGCCGUCGUCGUCGUCGGAGCCCUGCCGCCCCUCCCUCGCAGCUCCAGCGCCUCCGACAUCAUGGAGCCCUUCAUCGCAGAGCGCGCCAAAGCCAACAAAGAAGAUCUGGCUCCGAAGAUGCGUCCGGUGUCGAGUGACGCGGGCAACAGCAACCCCAACUUCAGUGACCUCAUGGACGAGUUCAUCCAGGAGCGCCUGCGAGCGCCUCGGGGUCACUCUGUGAGUCCUCCUGACCAGCAGGGCAUGACUCGACGUGGCAGUAGUCCAGGCAGUCUGGAGAUCCCCAAAGACCUGCCCGAGCUGCUGACGCGGCCAAACGCCACGCGGCCCGCCGACGACCCUGGCGUGCCUUCCGAGUGGACCUCGCCGGCCAGUGCCAGCGGCAGUGACCUCAUCAGCUCCGACAGCCAAUCAGACUCCUUCAACGCCUUCCAGUAUGACGGCAAGUUUGACAAUUUCAAUUUCGGGGGGGAAGCAGCUGCCGGCUCCCUGGACAGAGACAGUCUGGGCGGCGUUCCCCAGACGGCCGAGGAGCAGGAGCUGUCCAGCCUCACCACGCUGCACAUCGACUCGGACACCAGCAGCCAGCAGGGUGUCUCUGCCGACACCGUCACCAUCACAGGAUCAGAAGGCGCCUCCCCUAUGCACUCCCUGGGCUGCUCCCGUUCUCAGACGCCCUCCCCAGCCACCCUCACGGCCGAGCACGCCGAACACAAGGACCUGCAGCUGGACGAGAAGCUCCACCACUCUGUGCUGCAGACUCCUGAUGACCUUGAGACGAGUGAGUUUCCCAACGAGGACUGCAGCGUGAUGGCCGGCGGCUCUCUGACCGGUUGGCACUCGGACGUCGCCACGGUGAUGUGGCGGAGGAUGCUGGGUAUCCUCGGAGACGUGAACUCCAUCAAAGACCCCGAGAUCCACGCUCAGGUGUUUGACUACCUGUGCGAGCUGUGGCAGAACCUGGCCAAGAUCAGAGACAACCUGGGCAUCUCCAUGGACAACCAGUCCUCCCCACCUCCCCCAGACCUGAUCCCACCCCUCCGCAUUCUGACCCCGUGGCUCUUCAAGGCCACCAUGCUGACUGAGCGCUACAAGCAGGGCAAGCUGCACGCCUACAAGCUGAUCUGCAAGAUCAUGAAGAGGAGGCAGGACGUCUCGCCCAACUCUGACUUCCUCACACACUUUUACAACAUCAUGCACUGCGGCCUGCUGCAUGUCGACCAGGACAUUGUGAACACCAUCAUAAAGCACUGCUCUCCGCGUUUCUUCUCCAUCGGUCUCCCCGGGGCCACCAUGCUCACGCUGGACUUCAUCGUGGCCGCCAGCAGGGUGACCGCCUGCUCCUCGCUCAAUGCCCCUCGUGUGGAGGCUCAGAUCCUGCUGGGUUCCCUGGUGUGCUUCCCCAACCUGUACGAGGAGCUGCCUGCCCUGCACCCCACCACAGCGGACGUGGUCAUGAACAAGUUCAGGGAUGUCAAGGAGCACAUCAUUAAACACAUUCUAAACUCUGCCAAAGAUGAGCCCUCAGCCCCUGCCAGGUGUGUGGCGCUCUGCAGCCUGGGCAUCUGGUUGUGUGAGGAGUUGGUCCACGGCACGAAACACCCGCAGAUCAAAGAGGCCCUCAACGUCAUCUGCGUCACGCUCAAGUUCCCAAAUAAAACCGUGGCCCUGGUCGCCUCUGAUAUUCUGCACCUGCUCAUCAACUAUGUGGAUCACCUGCAGAAAUUCCCUCCCGACACCCCAAAGAAAAUAGUCGAGAUCCUCAUUGCUACCAUCACCUACCUGCUUCCCACCACAGAGUCCUCCCCUCAUGAGCUGGACAAAAGGCUGGUGGUGUCGCUGCUGCUGUGCCUGCUGGACUGGGUGAUGGCGCUGCCCCCCCAGACCCUCCUGCAGCCCAUCCAGACCCUCACGCCGGACAAGGACCGCGGAGAGAAGUCCGUCCUCAGCUGCAUCUACAAGGUCCUGCACGGCUGCGUGUACGGGGCGCAGAGCUUCAGCAACCCGCGCUACUUCCCCAUCAACCUGUCUGACCUCAGCAGCGCCGACUACGACCCCUUCCUGCUGCUGGAGAGCCUGAAGGAGCCCGAGCCCCUGCACUCGCCCGACUCGGAGCGCUCGUCCAAGCUGCAGCCCGUCACCGAGGUUCGCAGCCGCAUGCAGACGGGCCUGAUCUCCGUGGCGGCGCGCACGGUCAUCUCGCACCUGGUCAACCACAUGGGCCACUACCCGACGAGCGGCGGGCCGGCCACGUUGACCAGCCACGUGUGCGAGAACCACGACAACCCGUACAGCGAGAGCGCGGACCUGGCGCCGGAGCUCUUCGAGGCGCCCAACCUGCAGUUCUUCGCGCUCAACAGCUCCACGCUGCUCUCGUGCCUGCAGAUCCGCGCCGAGGACGGCCUGCCCGGCGGGGGCAUGUCCGCGGGACUGACCACCACCAGCGCCUGCGUGCGCGUCAUCGUGCGCGACAUCUCCGGCAAGCACUCGUGGGACUCGGCCGUCCUCUACGGGCCGCCGCACUGCUGCGCCGCGAGCGGUCAGCAUCCGGCCGGUCAGGCGACGGCGACGCAAGGAGACGGACACAGGGAGAGGCGAGGAGCGGAGGAGGACGAGCGAGGGGAGAGGAGGCUACAGGAGGAGGAGGAAGAGGAGGAGGAGGAGGAGGAGGGACGAGGAAGAGGAGGGGGAGGAAGACGGCGAGGACUCGUUGGCGAUCGACGACGCCGAGCUGGACGAGGCGCUCCGGCUGGCCGAGAACGUCGAACGGUCAGACGAGGCGCCCGCGGGCAACGGAACGGAACCGGCGGCGGCGGCGGCGGAGGAGGAGAGGAGGAGCAAGCGGCAGCAGGAGCAGAGCAGCAACCACCACAACAACAACAACAACGCCGGCAACGAGGAGAACAACAUCGGCCACAAAGACGACGAGGAGGAGGAGGAGGAGGACGACGACGACGACGACGAGGGUCGCCUGGGGCUGAGCGGCCCGCGGCCAAGCGGCGCUGCCGCGACGAGGCCUUCCCGCAGUGGGACGCCCUGCGCUCGGACGAGGGCGACGCGCUGGACGAGAUGCUCUGCUACCUGGGCGUGUCCAGCCCCGAGUGCCUGCAGCGGGCGGGCGCCCCGCUCAACAUCCCGGCCCCGCCGCCCGCCUGCGUCUCCGAGAAGCAGGAGAACGACGUCAUCAACGCCAUCCUCAAGCAGUGCGCCCACGAGCGCGAGUUUGGCGCCCGCCGGGGCAACGAGCUGAACAUGCGGGCAUCGCGCCAAGGCCAGCCGGGUCCCCAGCGCCCACAGAGCGCCUUCUACUACUGCCGCAUGCUGCUCAACAUCCUGGGCAUGAACUCCUGGGAGAAGAGGAGCAGCUUCCACCUGCUGAAGAAGAAUGAGAAGCUGCUGCGCGAGCUGAAGAAUCUGGACUCCAGACAGUGCCGUGAGACGCAUAAGAUAGCAGUGUUCUAUGUGGCGGAGGGACAGGAGGACAAGCACUCCAUCCUGUGCAACACCAGCGGCAGCCAGGCCUAUGAGGACUUUGUGUCCGGCCUGGGCUGGGAGGUGAACCUGACGAGUCACUGUGGCUUCAUGGGUGGCCUGCAGAGGAACCGGAGCACGGGGCUGACCAUGCCCUACUUCGCCACCUCCACCGUGGAGGUCAUGUUCCACGUGUCCACGCGCAUGCCCCCCGACUCAGACGAUUCGCUCACCAAGAAGCUGAGGCACCUGGGUAAUGACGAGGUGCACAUCGUGUGGUCGGAGCACUCGCGAGACUACCGGCGAGGCAUCAUCCCCACGGAGUUCGGUGACGUCCUCAUCAUCAUCUACCCCAUGAAGAACCACAUGUACAGCAUCCAAAUCAUCAAGAAGCCAGAGGUGCCGUUCUUCGGGCCCCUGUUUGACGGGGCCAUAGUGGACAGCAAGAUCCUGCCCACGGUGGUCAGGGCCACAGCCCUCAACGCCAGCCGAGCUCUCAAGUCGCUCAUCCCCCUCUACCAGAACUUCUACGAGGAAAGAGCCCGUUACCUAGAAACCAUUGUCCAGCAUCACCUGGAGCCGACCACCUUUGAGGACUAUGCAGCGCGUGUCUUUUGCCCGGCACCUAACCACCACCUCUCCUCCGAAGCAGGCUCAUGCCACGAGACUCCGUCGGCCGAAAGCCCAGCAGCAAUGGGGGCGGCGGCGGCGGCAGUGGCGGGCGACGGGAGCGACUCAGCCUCGCCAAUGUCCCCUCGUACUAGCAAGAGCCGCAUGUCCAUGAAGCUGCGCCGCUCCUCCGGCUCGGCCAAUAAGACUUGACCCCGACCCUGACACCGACCUCUGAACUUCGACCCCCCUCCACCUUCACCUCCACUGACCCCACCCACCCACUGCCCGCCGCCACAGCGCUCAUCUGGAUCUGGCCACUGCCCUCGUCACGUCACGUCAAGCCUCUCCUCUCUCGCACGUCGGUCUCCACGGAGACGACCUCUGACAGCAGGACAUCGUUGUCAGUUUGUUUCUCCUCUUCAUCUUUUCUUCUGGGGUUUUGACAUCCUGGCCUUCCAAGAUACCCCCCCUCCCCCACCCUCCCCCCCAUACCAAACACCUACUUGCCUGUGAUCUUUGUAGAGCUUGGACUAGUGCACCAUGCCACAGCUAUGCCACCUGGUAGGAAGCAUAUGAAAGCUUUCUGCUGCUACCUACACAUCACACACACACACACACACACACACACACACACACACACACACACACACACACAGACGUGUAUGCCCAUGCCACGGAUACUGCUGCACUGGAGGACUAUGAACGAGGGGGAAUGUGGGAGGACAGUGCCUAGACUCUGCUUGUGCCCAUGCAAAAAAAGAAAAAAGAAAAUAAAUAAACAAGUAAACAAACAUGCAUAAAUAAAUAAAUAAAAACACUUUUAAAACUCUUCAAGGAGACAGAGCACUGCAGCUCUGAGCUGCAGAACCACUGAAGAGGAGACGGAGCAAGGAGAGGAAAGAAACCCUUGGAAAGGAGGAUUGGGACCUUUAGAGCACAGAGGUGUUCACGCCGCAGAGGGGGAGGCAAAAGGGAAAGAAAACGAGGUGACGAGACGACGUCUACUUUUGUCUUCAUUCACGCCAUUCCCUCGGUCACAGUUUGCCUGUUGUGCUUUGAGAACUCUUUUUUUUGACUCUUUCACCCUCUGCUGUAAUUCCUGACGCGAGUAAGAGAAGAAGUGAAGUGCUCAGUGCAGACAUAGCCAUGAUGCCAGCAAAGGUCAAAAAGAAAUGGCAAAAAAUAUAUAUAUAUUAAAUGAAACACAAGUUUCUUCUAUGGUUACUGUUGUAUCCACCAUGGAACAUGCUAGAAAUCGUAUGUAUACUUAUACAUAUAUAUAUAUAUGUAUAUGUGUAUUUGUACUGUAGAAUUGAAGCCUGCUUUGUUUACAGUUUGCAGAGACGCUGGCCAAUAUUGGGCAGUAGAGCCUUCCUGUAAAUUUGGCUGGAGAAAAUUGUUAUGCCCAGAAGUGUGUUUGUGGAUAAGAAAAGAAAGCACUUCCUCCUGUUACAUUUUAUUUCAUGUUUUGUUCUUUACCGCACCAGCUGUGGAGCUAAUAUUUUUAUUUGAAUUGUUUUCACUACUGUUCACAAAUGGUUAUGAUCAAGAUUGUUCAAUCAGUUUUCACCUGAUUUAGAAUGUUACUGAAACAUUGUUACUACAAAAUCUAUUUCAACCACAACACCACUUUUCACCAGUAACAGAACACGUGUAUAUAUUAUAAAUAUAAAUAUAUACAUAUUUAAUGUAUGUGUAUAGUGUAUGAACAGUAUCUGGUCUGUGUAUAUAGUUACCAAUAUUUAAAUCAGCCAAAAAUGAACAGAAACGCAAACUAACACGGAGCCGUUCAGAACAUCUGUGGGGUGGUGAUUUUUAGGGCGAUUUUUAAGCGCUCAGAGGCAGCGAUUGUCUGGUCUUGCUGCAACGCACUCUGUCGCUGAAGUUACUACCCUCUGCACUUUCCCUGUCUGCUGAUUUAGGUCGCAUUAUCGGCGGCACCCAUGAGGGUUAGGCUAGUUAAUAGUCUGAAAAUGCCAUCGUUGAAUUAAGGAGUGCUGCUGAAGGGAGCAGCGUCCCACCAAUCUAUGUGUGGAAAAAAAUGACUAUUUAGUGAUGCCUGAAUGACAGAUUGGCCAAAGAGUUUUUACAUAGCUACAACAGACUUUAACAUAGCCAAAACGUAGCCUAACCUUUUUCUCCCCAAUGUGAUUUGCCCGGCAGGGAAAGCGUAGGGGGUCAACGCAAAGAUUUUUUUUGUUUUGUUUUUUACCUGAGAACAAUUACGCCCUGUCGCCAAAUUACAGUACGUGUUCAGCCAACACUAUAUUCAUUCGCAUUUUUGUUUUUAUAAUGAACUUAGCAUUGUUUUGAUGCCCAGCCUAUGUCUUCGCCGAGUUAUAGUUGUUUUGACGGAGAUGAAAGGGAUUGCGCUAAAGACGGUAUCAGGGUGAUGCUGUUAUGAUAGGCUACUCCUAUAACAGCAGUGACAGCUACUGGCAUGUUUGCAGUCAACUCCAUGCAAAUCAUACUCCGUUUUUGCUUUGUUGUCUCUCACUGAAUAGGUCAGACUUACAUUAGGUCAAUCAAUAUGUUUAUUCCCAGCAUUGUUUUUGUCAGACAACGAACUGUGCGACAUUUUAGGACUUGACAGAGAGGCCCAAUUGAGACCUCACUGUGCUGAAACGCAACCUGCGUCUCUAUACCCCCUUGCACGAGUGACUGAGACCGGUGCCUGUUGUAAAACUGAGGGCGAAACAGAAAUGCCUUUGAAGGUUAUGAUGUACGUUACUACUGACCAAAGGCUGCAUGACACCAGUACUAACUGCAUGUGUUGACGUAACAGCUUCACAACACAAAACACGCACGCACACACACGCACAUACGCCAGUCUGUAAUAUUGUCAUACUUGUAGUAUCUAUACAGUAAUGGUUAUGAAAGACGGAGACACGGAUGUGCAAUUGGACAUGAAAAUAAAGGUGUUCAUAUCACA